CCAUGAAUUCAAUCAAUGAAACCACCAAUCCAAUUGAUUUUAGAUUACAUGGAUUGGAUUAAUUAAAUAUCUUAGUCAAGGUUGUUAACACGGUUUAGCCCGUUGCCCCGAUUGAGCAAGUGGGUUGAGGGUUAAUGAUAUGAUAGCUUUAACACGGAUGUAUGAAACAAAAUUUAUUAUAUUGUUCAUGUAUUUAUAAAUUAUAUUAAAUUUCAUCUAAGAUAUGGGCAAUAACAUAAAACAUUAAACCGAAAGAACAGUUCGUACUUGAAUCUAACAUAGAGUGAAAAUUCAAACAAACUCAUAUAACAUCAAUAUUCAAAUGUUCAAUUUAAAAUUCAAAAAAUAGAAUUAGGUGAAGAAAAAAAAUACAUUUCUCAAACCAAAGAAAAAAAAACGUACAGCCACCAAAUUGGGGACAAUGAUUCAAACCUUCUUAUGCAAGAGUUGGGCACUCAUCGCAGAUACAAUAGUGUACGGGCCUUGAUCUAGUGUGUGGUUCGAGUGUAUGCAUGGGUUUCUAUCCGCUUCAAACAUAGAUAUUUUGAGAAAUGUUUUAUAAGUGUUGUAGUUUAGAAAUUUGUUUUAUUAUUAACCGUAUUUAGGGAAUUUUUCCAAAAAUUAACUACCACUUUUUUUUUUUUUUUGUAACGGGCAUAAUUAUCAAUCACCACAUUAGACUGAAGAGAUGAGCUCUUUUGACUAGGACAAUUUGAAAUUCUCGCUUACAGAGCUGGGCCUGGCUCUCAGGUCUCCCGAAUGAGAAAAGGACAAAGAGCUAAUGAGCCCAGUCUCCAAUUCAAGAUAAAAGGCCGGCACAUUGGGAAAAGAGAUGGACUUUGGCCCAAUCUCUAGGUGGGGUGGCAGGCCCAUAUCUUCAAAUCUGUACUAAUAAUAUUUCCUCUCUAUUAUAUUUUUUGAUAGAAAAACAGAAGCUUAGAGCAUUUUAAUUUAUUACAUUAAUCUCUGGACUCAUAGUAAUAUUAGUAUCCAUGUUAUUUUAAAAUAUUAAUAAUAUAGGUUGGGAUGGGAUUGCUCACAUCAAAGACAUGUGUGCCAAUUGCCAAAAUUAAAAAAUUACCCUUAAUUGUAAGAAAAUCGACUGCAAAAUUAAAUUAAACUCACCAUACUCAUUUUCAUCAAUCCAAUCCUUUGUAAUCCCUGCGACUGCGAGUGAGUGAAUCUGUGUGCGUUUCUUUUUCUUUUCUUUUUAUCUUUUUAUCUUUUAUUUAAUUUCUCCUCUCUUCUACUAUUCUUCUAUUCUAUCCAUGUCGAGAAAUUGAGAGUGCCGGUUUGAUACCGCCAACGACCAGCCUCAUUAUCAGCUGAUGCUUUCUUUGUCCAUUUGUCUCGUUUCAAUCGCUACUCAGUCAGGUUCCCAAUCCAAAAAUUCGUUCUUCCGGCCGUCUUUAUCCACUUUGGAUUCGUCGCGUUUUCUUCCGCCGAACCACUUCUCUUAUCUGUUAAUCUUACUUAUUACAAGAGUUUGCCUCGUCUUGCUCCGUCGCCGUCGGGGUUCUUUUUUUCCUGAAUCCUCAGUUACGAAGAGCUCAAAGAUCGAAACUUUUUCCAGAUGGGCAGUGCUGUAGCUCAGUGCCCACAUGGGAUCACUUCGCAUUCCACAGGAAAUCUCGGUCAAAAGAAGCUGGGUUCGUCUCGAUGCUCCAAGUUUCCUUGUCAAUUGGAUUUCGCUCGGUUUGGCUGGCUUCAUCAAGGUUCCUCUGCCGCUUCUUCCUCUGAUCAUUCCACGGAAUUCGGUCGGCGAAUAAAUGCUGUACCAGAUAUGGAUGACAUGUUCUGGGACAAAGUACCCACUCCUUUACUUGAUAUGGUUGAGAACCCUAUUCACCUCAAGAAUUUGUCCGUCCAGGAGUUGAAGGAACUAGCUAGUGAAAUACGGUCAGAACUAUCAUGUAUAAUGUCAGAGAAGCCAAAUUCUUUGAAGGCCAGUUUGGCUGUGGUAGAACUCACCAUUGCCAUACAUCAUGUUUUUCAUGCUCCAGUGGACAAGAUACUAUGGGAUGUAGGUGAACAAACUUAUGCGCAUAAAAUUCUCACAGGCAGGAGGGCACUAAUGCGCAUGAUGAGGCAAAAGAAUGGUCUUUCUGGCUUUACAUCUCGGUUUGAGAGUGAAUAUGAUUCCUUUGGAACAGGGCAUGGCUGCAAUAGUGUUUCUGCUGGUCUUGGAAUGGCCAUUGCUCGCGACAUCAAAGGGAAGCGCGAUCGAGUUGUUACUGUCAUUAGCAAUGCGACAACUUUGGCUGGACAAGUAUACGAGGCAAUGAGUAAUGCCGGUUACUUGGACUCAAAUAUGAUUGUGAUUUUAAAUGAUAGCCGUCGCUCUUUGCACCCAAAGAUCGAACAUGAGCCAAAAACUUCAAUUACUGCCUUAUCUAGUACCUUAAUCAAGAUUCAGUCUAGUAAAUCAUUCCGGAAGUUCAGAGAAGCUGCAAAGGGCAUUACCAAAAGGAUUGGCAGGGGUAUGCAUGAAUUGGCUGCCAAAUUUGAUGAGUAUGCACGUGGUAUGAUUGGUCCACAAGGAUCGACUCUUUUUGAGGAGCUUGGUCUUUAUUACAUUGGCCCUGUUGAUGGACACAAUCUAGAAGACCUCAUUUGUGUUUUGCAACAAGUGUCAUCUUUGGACUCCAUGGGCCCAGUCUUGAUACAUGUGAUCACUGAAGACAAUCAUCAAGAUGCAGAAUGUAAUGAAAAGAUCGAGGCUGACAACCCACAGGAAGGUUAUGAUGACUCGGUCUCUUCUAGUGUGCAGACUCGGACAUAUAGCGAUUGCUUAGUAGAUUCUUUGUUAAUGGAGGCAGAGAAGCACAAAGACAUUGUUCUGGUUCAUGCAGGAAUGGAAAUGGAACCCUCCUUUCAAGUGCUUCAGGAAACAUUCGCUGACAGGUUUUUCGACGUGGGAAUGGCCGAGCAACAUGCUGUCACAUUUUCCGCCGGUUUAUCUCGUGGGGGAUUGAGACCUUUUUGCAUUAUUCCUUCUACUUUUCUACAGAGAGCAUAUGAUCAGGUGGUCCAUGAUGUAGAUCGGCAGAAGAUUCCAGUGCGAUUUGUCAUCACAAGUGCAGGAUUGGUGGGGAACUCCGGUCCCGUGUACUGUGGGGCAUUCGAUGUGACAUUCAUGUCGUGCUUACCGAACAUGAUCGUUAUGGCUCCAUCUGACGAGGAUGAGCUGGUGGAUAUGGUGGCUACCGCUGCCCAGAUAGACGACCGACCGGUCUGCUUCCGGUAUCCAAGAGGCGCCAUAGUCAGGACAGACCAUUUUAUGCAUCCCGGAAUUCCCCUUGAGAUUGGUAAAGGAAGAGUGCUUGUAGAAGGCAAAGAGGUGGCAUUGCUAGGAUAUGGAGCAAUGGUUCAGAACUGCCUCAAAGCUCAAGCCCUUCUUUCGAGGCUCGGCAUCGAAGUAACAGUCGCUGAUGCAAGAUUCUGCAAACCACUCGACACAGAGCUUCUCACCCUGUUGUGUGAGAACCAUAAGUUUCUAAUCACAGUUGAGGAAGGUUCUAUCGGAGGAUUCGCAUCUCAUGUUGCACAGUUCAUAGCUCUCAAUGGCCAUCUCGAUGGAACCGUUAAGUGGCGGCCAAUUGUAUUACCCGACAGCUACAUCGAAAACGGGCUGCCUGAGGAACAACUAGCUCGAGCUGGAUUGAGCGGGCACCAUAUAGCUGCAACGGUCCUUAGGCUGCUGGGAAGAGUGCGGGAAGCUCUCCUUUUGAUGUGCUAACAGAAAUAAAAUAAACAUCUCUGUAAAUUGUUGAUGGUUGAAUGUAGUUUGGUCGCAACUAGUUUACAUAUGUGGUUUGUUUUUGGGGUAUAAAGACCUCUAAACAAACUGCUAGCAGGGGACGACUCUUCUGGGUGGGAAAGACUUGGCAAUGCAAACAUAGAAAUGACUGGUACAGAAUCAAAACGCUGCCCUAGCAAUGUAAACUUGGAAAACACGGAAUGAGCUCAACAAUAGAAAUGUUUAUUUAUGUCGGGGACCAUCGAUCAUUGCUAAGUGCCUCAGUCCUUGUAGCUGAAGAAAGCUUGUCGGCAGUACGCAGUACUGCUCGUCGAUGAUACGAACCUCGAUCCGUUAAGUGUUUGACUUGACCACGUAGGAUGUAAGUUUGACCGUAAAAACCCAUUGACCCGUCCCGUCCCUGAGGGUUGAGACGGGUCAGUUUGUCUAUAGGGUUAAUUUAGGGACGGAUCAGCUUUUGACCCUGUAGGGGUCGGGACGGGUCGGGACAAUUUAGAAACGGGUCACUUUUUGACCUGUGACCCUUAGCAACAAUAAAUAUAUCAUACCACAUUGGACCUCUUUGUAAAAGUUUUCAAAGUUUAGGUACUAAAUUGAAAAAAUAAAAAAAUUUGAGUACCAAAAUGUAAUUAUACCACUAAAAUUUAAGGACUUAUUUGUAAAUAAAAUAAAAUUUAGGUA